AUGAUGAAUAAUAAAUUAUUAUUAUUAGUUAUUGCAUUAUUAUGUAUUGCUAGUAAUUCAAUUGUUGAAUCAUUUUCAUUCAAAGUUUCAGCAAAAGUUGAAGAAUGUAUUUAUGAAGAAAUUGGUGUAGAUUUAUCAUUCACAGCAAUGUUUCAAGUUAUUCAAGGUGGUUUCAAUGAUAUUGAUUUCACUAUCAUUUCACCAGAUAAAAGAAUUGUAUAUUCUGGUCAACGUGAAAGUGAAGGUACUAAAACACUUCGUUCAAGUUUUGCUGGUGUCUACAGUUUUUGUUUCAGUAAUAAAAUGUCUUCAUUAACUGAUAAAACUGUUAGUUUUAUUUUAUCUGUUGGUGAAUCUUCUCCAAUUAGAGAAAUCGCUAAAAAGAAGGAUUUAACCCCAAUUGAAAGAUCAAUUAUGACUUUAUCAGAUGGUGUUAUUGCAGUUAAAAAUGAACAAAAUUAUUUCAAAAUGAGAGAAGCAGCUCACAGAAACACCGCAGAAAGUACAAAUAGUAGAGUUUUAUGGUGGUCAGUUUUUGAAGCAUUUGUUUUAAUAGCAUUAAGUAUUUGGCAAAUUUAUUAUCUCCGUAGAUUCUUUGAAGUCAAACGUGCAGUAUAA